GAUUCAAUCAUGCCAAGCUACAAGCUGACCUAUUUCAAUCUAAGAGGUAGAGGAGAGAUCAUUCGCUACCUGUUUGCCUAUACAAACACUGAAUUUGAAGACCAUAGAAUUGAAUUUAAAGACUGGCCUGCACAUAAAGACUCAUACCCAUUUGGAAAACUCCCAGUUUUGGAAAUUGAUGGGACUGUUUACAAUCAAAGCCAUGCCAUUGGGAGGUAUCUAGCCAAAAAAGCAGGUCUGACAGGAAAGACUGAUUUAGAUGACCUUCGCAUUGAUGCCAUAUUAGACAACAUUGAUGACUUUGUAUCACUGUAUCCAUGGGGUGAAGAUGUACAGGAAAUGAAGAAAUACAUUGAUAAAUGUGCUGGUCCCUUCCUGUCUGCCCUGGAGAAGACAUUGGGAGAUAAUAAGUGGUUUGUUGGUGAUUAUGUAACCUGGGCUGACUUCAGUUGGGACAUCGGCAGUGACAUUAUUGAAAUAGACCAUCCCGGCUUUUGCAAAGAUUACCCAAAGCUUCUGUCUCUCAAGCAAAAGGUAAAGGAGCUUCCAGAGAUUGCGGCAUGGAUAGAGAGAAGACCCCAGACAACGCAUUAAUAUAGCAAUACAUGGUAGAAUUUGGGAGUUAAAAUGAAGAUACUUCUGGUUUUACUAAAGGCCACACG